AAAUAGAAACACAGUGGCAGUCAAACGUGUACAAAGCAGUGAACACUUCUCCAAAAAAAAGACACAUUUCGAAACUCAUAAAGUUCAUACAUCAAACUUUCACUCUCUCUUUCUUUACUUUAGUUUCCUCUUCUCCCUUUCUUCUUUGCUCUUCUCCUUCCACCAGGAGCUUGGUUUUGUGCAUAGAAGAGGGAAAACUGGAUUGAUUUAAAGAAAAAAGGGGGAAAAAUACUUUGGCUGAAAAGCUUUAGUUUUGUUUGAAAUGGAAGGAGGGUUAGGUGGAAACACCGGUCCAACAAAUCCUAGUGAUAAAUCUAAAGUUUUGGAUGUAAAGCCACUACGGACAUUGGUUCCGUUAUUCCCCGAGCCACCUGAGGGUCCUCCUUUUGUCUGUGUACCUCCUAAUGGCCCUUUCCUGUCUGGGUUUUCACCAUUUUUCCCUUUUAGUGGACAACAAGUAUCCCAACCUACACCUGACCUUAACCAAAAUUACUUAAAUUCAACUGCUGUUCCGCUUCGGUCAGUUAGAGCCGAACCAGCACCAGCUUCUGGCAAUGGCAGUCAUAAACACAAGUCAGCCGGACCAAGUUCUGUGAAGAAGAAAGCAAAGAGGCGAAAAGAUUCAGAGUCUGUAUUAACUUCUCUUAUGAAUUUCAAUCCUGGAAUCAGUUUAUCCGAACGAGAUGAUGGUAACAGGCAAUUGGUCGAAAGUGUGCUUUUGAGGUUUGAUGCACUUAGGAGAAAGCUUAGCCAAAUGGAAGAUGCUAAGGAAUUACAUUCCAGUAUUAUUAAGCGUUCAGACUUGAAAGCUGCCAACAUGAUGUUGACCAAAGGGGUGCGGACUAACAUGAAAAAGAGAAUCGGGGUUGUUCCGGGUGUUGAAAUCGGGGACAUUUUCUUCUUCCGGAUGGAGCUAUCUUUAGUGGGGUUGCAUUUUCCAUCCAUGGCUGGAAUUGACUACAUGGCUAUCAAGAGCGGCGAUUUAGAGGGUGAGCGAGUGGCUUUAAGCAUCGUUUCAUCUGGAGGGUAUGAUGAUGAUGCUGAAGAUCCUGAUGUUUUGGUAUAUAGUGGUCAAGGUGGGAGUGCCAGUAGAGAUAAAGAAGCAUCCGAUCAGCAGCUUGUAAGGGGCAAUCUUGCUUUGGAAAGGAGCUUCCACCGAGGAAAUGAAGUACGAGUCAUUCGGGGUUUGAAAGAUAAUGUCCAUCAAAUGUCGAAGGUCUAUGUGUAUGACGGGCUUUACAAGAUCCAAGAAUCGUGGAUGGAGAAAGGGAAAUCGGGUUGCAACAUGUUCAAGUAUAAGUUGGGAAGGAUCCCUGGGCAGCCAGCUGCUUUUGCCACAUGGAAAUCAAUUCAGAAGUGGAAAGAAGGUCUUCCUUCGAGGGCCGGACUUAUUAUUCCCGACCUCACUUCAGGUGCAGAAAGCACACCUGUUUCACUCGUAAAUGAGGUUGAUGAUGAAAAGGGGCCUGCUUACUUCACAUAUUCCCCAACUAUCAAGUAUUCAAAACCAUUCAAGUUAGUGCAACCUUCUUAUGCUUGCAGCUGCCAUGAUGCGUGUCAACCUGGAAAUUCUAACUGCUCCUGCAUUCAAAAGAACGGGGGCGAUUUCCCUUACACCACCAAUGGGGUUCUAGCGUGUCGAAAACCCAUGAUUUAUGAGUGUGGUCCCACUUGCCCUUGUAUUCGGAACUGCAAAAACCGAGUUAUACAAACUGGUUUGAAAGCUCACUUAGAAGUUUUCAAGACAAGAGAUCGUGGUUGGGGUCUACGGUCAUGGGACCCUAUUCGAGCAGGUACAUUUAUUUGUGAAUAUGCAGGUGAAGUUAUUGAUGAAACCAAGGCAAGGCAGGAAAGUGGAGAUGGUGAAAGCGAGUACAUUUUUCAUACGAACCGUCUCUACGAAUCCUUCAAGUGGAAUUUCGAAGCCGAAAGUAGCGAAGAUUUUGAUAUCCCGUCUCCCGUAAUCAUAAGUUCAAAGAACAGUGGAAAUGUAGCUAGAUUUAUGAACCAUAGUUGCACCCCAAAUGUUUUCUGGCAGCCAGUGAUGUAUGAACAUAACAACGAAGCGUUUCUCCAUAUUGCUUUCUUUGCAAAGAAACACAUCCCUCCUAUGACAGAGUUGACGUUCGAUUACGGUAUUCCGCAAUCAGGGGAGACCCAAGCCGACAACCCCCCGGCAAACGGAAGGAAGAAAUGCUUAUGCGGAUCACCGAAAUGCCGAGGCUAUUUCUAUUGAGCUUCGGUUGCGAACUUUUUGGCCUCUGGAAGGAGGUAUUGGAUCUAGCUCAUCUUUGUCUAAAAAUCAUGCAACUCUCUAUAGUGCAUUAUAUAUUUAAAUGUUAAUAGCUUGUUGUCAUGCUAUAUGGCUGCCAUUAAAUUGCAGAAGAACUGGAAAACCAUGUUUGAUGGUGAUUUUGUAGUCUAUCUUGUAGAAAUGGGAAUCAGUCAAUGGUUCAAGUUAAAUGGCAAAUUACUUGGUAUUUAACUUGAACAAAAUUAAGGUUUAAUUUUUUGGUAAAGAAAGAUGUGGUCCAAACUUGGCAUUAAAUAUUUAAUGAAGUGAAAUGACAGUUACUUUGAA